AUCGCUGAAUUAGCUUCUAUUGGAAUGUAUUCAUGUGUAACAUCCCACUGAGUGGAUGACAUCACAACAGCUCUAGGUCCUUGAAAGUCUUGAGGAUGAUUAGCUGAAGGAAUUGGCUGUUUCUGCCAAUCAUAAUCCGGCAGAACUGCCUUUAUAGUUCUGGAGAUGUGAGAGAAAGAGAGGGAGGGAAAGACCGACUACAGCUAACCAACAAGCACAGCCGCAGGAGCAGCAGCCGAGCAGGAGCAGCUGGUAUUCCGGUGAUUACAUAGUUCUCAUACCUCAUAGCCUUUUUGCUGUCCUCGGUCCGCUCCCUGGAGUAACGCUCGUGUCCAAGAAGGAAGCUGCAUUUUAACGGUGUGCUGAACAGAGGUUUGAAUCAUUCCAGCUGGCUGCUUGUUUUGAAAAGGACAAUGUGUGUGUAAAUAAAAAGAGACUCUGCUGGAAGAGUUCAGAUGCUAGGACUGGAGCUAAAGAGUGCUCUCGGAAGAUUGUUGAGGCACACUGUAUGAACUGAAAGCUCCUUCUAAUUAACCUGGAGCCAAGUAAAUCUGAAUACUGGAUAUCUCAUUUUCUAACUCCGGACAAAUUCAAGUUAGGAAAAGGGAAAAAAAUUGAAAUGCUUCUCUAGAUGAUGUUUAGAGGAUUCUGCAGCAACCUUUGGUAUUGGACAUAUUCAAAAUCUCUUCCACCUCUGCUCUUCUGGUACAUUGCCUUCCAGCUUUAACUUGCUUGUGACCCCUUCAAACAUUUUACAUGGUUUGCAAUGGUUACAUGAACUUUUGGGAAGUGGUAUUUGCACCAUCUCAUACUUUAUUCACCAUGGCACUUUAGGAAAAGAAAUUGGGAAAAGCUUCCAAAGCAGUAUUUUAAAAAAAUGAAUCUUAUUGUGAAGCUUCGAAGAAGUUUUCGAACAUUGAUUGUUCUCUUGGCUACCUUUUGCUUGGUGAGCAUUGUCAUUUCUGCCUAUUUCCUCUACUCUGGCUAUAAACAGGAAAUGACGCUUAUUGAAACCACUGCAGAAGCAGAAUGUGCUGACAUCAAAAUUCUACCGUAUCGGUCAAUGGAGCUGAAAACAGUUAAACCUAUUGAUACAUCCAAAACGGACCCUACUGUCCUGCUAUUUGUGGAGAGCCAAUACUCUCAACUCGGUCAAGACAUCAUAGCUAUCUUGGAGUCCAGCCGAUAUCAGUACCACAUGGUCAUUGCCCCCGGCAAAGGAGACAUACCUCCUCUUACAGAUAAUGGCAAAGGGAAAUAUAUUUUAGUUAUUUAUGAAAAUAUUCUGAAGUAUGUCAGCAUGGACUCAUGGAAUCGAGAGCUUUUAGAAAAAUACUGUGUGGAAUACAGUGUUAGUAUAAUCGGUUUUCAUAAAGCCAAUGAAAACAGCUUACCAAGUACACAAUUAAAAGGCUUUCCAUUAAACCUUUUCAAUAAUCUAGCUCUAAAGGACUGCUUUGUGAACCCUCAGUCUCCUUUGCUGCAUGUUACCAAAGCCCCCAGGGUUGAGCAAGGCCCUCUUCCUGGGGAAGACUGGACUAUUUUCCAGUAUAAUCACUCAACCUACCAGCCUGUGCUUUUAACUGAAUUACAGACAGAAAAGUCCCUUUCGUCCUUGUCCAGCAAGCCUCUCCAUGCGACAGUGAUUCAGGAUCUGGGGCUUCAUGAUGGAAUUCAGCGAGUUCUUUUUGGCAACAACUUAAACUUUUGGCUACACAAGCUCAUCUUCAUAGAUGCCAUCUCCUUCUUGUCAGGGAAGAGGCUGACGUUGUCCUUGGACAGGUAUAUUCUUGUGGACAUUGAUGAUAUCUUUGUUGGGAAGGAAGGAACAAGGAUGAAUGUCAAAGAUGUGAAGGCAUUACUAGAGACUCAAAAUUUACUGCGCACUCAGGUUGCAAAUUUUACCUUCAACCUUGGAUUUUCAGGGAAGUUUUACCACACAGGAACUGAAGAGGAAGAUGAAGGAGAUGACCUUUUGCUCCGGUCUGUGGAUGAGUUCUGGUGGUUCCCUCACAUGUGGAGCCACAUGCAGCCCCACCUCUUCCAUAAUGAGUCAUCUUUGGUGGAGCAGAUGAUUCUCAACAAAGAAUUUGCACUGGAACAUGGGAUACCCAUCAACAUGGGCUACGCAGUGGCGCCACAUCACUCAGGGGUCUACCCGGUUCAUAUUCAGCUGUAUGCAGCUUGGAAGAAGGUCUGGGGUAUUCAGGUCACCAGCACUGAAGAGUAUCCGCAUUUGAAACCUGCACGGUACCGAAAGGGCUUCAUUCACAAUGGCAUCAUGGUCCUCCCUCGACAGACCUGCGGAUUGUUCACCCACACUAUUUUCUACAAAGAGUAUCCAGGAGGACCCCAAGAAUUGGAUAAAAGUAUCAGAGGAGGUGAACUUUUCCUCACAAUCCUUCUAAACCCAAUCAGCAUUUUCAUGACCCAUUUGUCGAACUACGGGAAUGACCGCCUAGGGUUAUAUACCUUUGUCAACUUGGCCAACUUCGUGCAGAGCUGGACCAACCUGAAACUGCAAACUCUGCCACCAGUGCAACUAGCCCACAAGUACUUUGAGCUCUUCCCUGAGCAAAAAGAUCCUCUCUGGCAGAAUCCAUGUGAUGAUAAACGGCACAAAGACAUCUGGUCCAGAGAGAAAACUUGUGACCACUUACCAAAAUUCCUUGUAAUUGGGCCACAAAAAACAGGAACAACUGCACUUUAUUUAUUUCUUCUUAUGCACCCUUCCAUCAUCAGCAAUCUCCCCAGCCCCAAGACGUUUGAAGAAGUUCAGUUCUUUAAUGGCAACAACUAUCACAAGGGAAUUGACUGGUAUAUGGACUUUUUCCCUACUCCAUCCAACGUUACAAAUGACUUUCUAUUUGAAAAGAGUGCUAAUUACUUCCAUUCGGAAGAAGCUCCCAAGCGAGCUGCAUCUCUGGUCCCCAAAGCUAAGAUCAUCACCAUCCUCAUCGACCCCUCAGACAGGGCAUACUCUUGGUACCAGCACCAACGAUCACAUGAAGAUCCAGCUGCCCUGAGGUUUAAUUUCUAUGAAGUUAUUACAACAGGACAUUGGGCCCCAUCGGACCUAAAAACUUUGCAGAGGAGAUGCCUAGUACCUGGGUGGUAUGCGGUCCACAUAGAAAGAUGGCUAACUUACUUUGCUACUUCUCAGUUGCUAAUUAUUGAUGGACAGCAGCUGAGAUCUGACCCAGCUACUGUGAUGGAUGAAGUCCAGAAGUUUCUGGGAGUUACACCUCAUUAUAAUUACUCUGAAGCACUAACGUUUGAUCCCCAGAAGGGCUUUUGGUGUCAGCUACUGGAAGGAGGAAAGACCAAAUGCCUUGGAAAAAGCAAAGGCCGAAAAUAUCCACCCAUGGAUCCAGAGUCUAGAACUUUCCUCUCUAAUUACUACCGAGAUCAUAACGUGGAACUGUCCAAACUGCUGCAUAGACUGGGGCAGCCCCUGCCGUCCUGGCUGAGACAGGAGCUGCAGAAAGUGAGGUAGCAGUGGAGACAAGAACCAAGGCUCACGAGAUGCUUACUUGACUAUUCAAUAGCAAAACAGACCCCACAGCUUUCAUCCCCCCAACACCCUUGUGAUUGUCAACAGAGGACUGUGUGAAUAAAUUUCCUUCCAUCUUUUUCAUCAAAUGAAAACUGUUAUAUAUGCACGCAUUGGCAAUUGCUAGCAUCGAUCCCUGGGGGAAGGUUUCGGGAAAUAAUGUAGGGUUUUGUGGCAUUAUCCAGUUUCUAUUGUGGGGUUCAUAACACAGCCAGUUCCUCUGCUAACCAUAAGGUUUCAGAAACUCUGUGUAUGACUGAGAACCCUGAUUAUAAGCAAGUGACAAAUGAGAAUCUUGAGGAAAAGAUAAAGACUGAGUUAUCCGUAAAUGAGACUGGUAGUAACCCAAUAUCUGAAUCAAGGGCUUACAUCUUCCUUUUGCUAAUUCAAAAACAAUUUUGCUUUUGUCAUGAAAAGAAAUUACAGAAUCCCAUACUCUUAUUUUGAGCAAUAACUAUUUAUUAUAUUUAGCUCACAUGUAUUUUCCUCUGCUACUCCUCUUUGUGAAUUUCCUUGACUUGCUAAAGAAGUUGUGAAGUUGCAGCCUACCAUGUUUUCUGUCUGUUUUCCCUUUGUGGAAAGGGACUAUCUGAAAGUUUCCACAUUCAUUGAUAUUACUGUUUUAUCUGGCAGGGCAGCCAUGCUCAGUGAAUUUUGCAUUAUGGUUCCAACCAUAUCUAUUGGAGGGUUUUGGGUAGAAGGAAUGAAAGUGCAUCCUCUGCAUAAUGUUAACUAGUAUGUGUAAGGCCAUCUUUACAUGGAUCCAAAAUCUUACCCUCCUAUUAAUCUAGGUAUUUCCACCAUGACAAUGAUGUAAUAUUUAUAUAUUUUUUCACAAUCCACAGAAGAAAAAACCUUAUUCAUAAGAUAUGAAAUGAAAACACUGAUAUGUGUUUACAGGUAGCGUGAGGCCCUUUUGCCUUCUAUGUAGUAUAUGUCAGUUGUUUUAAAGCAUGGACUUUUAUAUAUGCCAGUACAUGUGCUAUUGCAGAAGAUUAUGUUUUUAAUGCCUAUUUAGGAAAAUAAAUAUAAUCUAAAACUUACCUCUUGAAACAUCACUAAUUCUCAACCAUGACACCCAAAAAUUAAUUUCUAGAGAAGAAGUGAUGUUCUUUCUGUCUUAGAGUUUAGAUUCCUCUCCUAUUUGGAGAUUAUUGUCAUGCUGGUUGGGUUUUUAUCCCAUUUGUCAAUGAAGAUACAUUAAAGCUUUGUUAAUCUUUUCAUUGGUAUACAAAGGAAAAAUUUCAACAGAACAUUAACUAAAAGUGACUCUGGUAACAUUACCUGUCAACCCAUCCUUCCUCCAGAGUAAUUUUUCUGUAGGCUAUAAAUGGUAUUACUUUUUCUUAUGAUUGAGAAAUUAUGCUUGACAUAUUUCAAUGUCUUCAAAGAAAACUGAAAGGUCUUGUUUUUGUUUGUUUUGUUGUUGUCAUUGUUGUUUUAAGCAAGCAAAUCAAAUCAAAUCUAAAAGAUAAUCAAGAAUUUUUACAUAUUUUAUUUCAGAAUUCAGCUUCGGACAUAUACUUUAUUAAGAUUUUUGUUUGUUUUCCCACUGCAUCUAAAGGCUCUUGAUCUUUUUCAGAAAAUGUAAGAUUCUUCUUGGGCGUGAGUUAAUACAAAUCACAAACUACUGCUUUUGUUGGUCCUUUGUUAUCUGUGGGACUCAAAUUCUCAACCUUAUUGCUGCUUAGGUGAGCAUGUGCUCCAUAGCAUUCCAUUAAGCACAUUAAAACCACAAUAAUUGUGUAUUUAGAGUUCUAACAUUUGAUUGAUUUGUUCACUAGUUUCCUCCAGUUUAUAUUCUAUUUUUUUCUUUCUAGAACUAGAGACUAACUUUUAUUUUCCAAGUGGGAUAACAGAAGUAUUGAUAGAAGAGAGGGAGAUAUUUUUGAAAUUAAGUAAAGUUCGUGUAACUCAAAGUCCAACUGAUCACCAGAUUUUUUUAAAUGUAACUCAUUUUCUGCAUGUUCUCUUUUUUUCUAAAUAGUGUAUACAAUAUCAUUCACCUACCUACAGAUAACUGAGAGCAGAAUUCCCCCAAAUUCAAUGAGACUCUUCUCCCUGGGUUCAUUUCAAUCAGUGUGUAUAUUUUUCUUAUUAUGACUGAUAAUGAAAACAUCAAGAUAAAUUUUAAUCAUAUAAUUCAUCUUCAUUGUACAGUAAACUACCCAGAGGGACUCUGGGCUGCGACAAGAUUAGAAUAAAUCAGGGAAAAUUACAGUUUUAAGAAUAUCUUGGCUUUUCCUGAUUUUUACCUACUGGCCACUUCAGAAUUAUUGACUUGAGAUUUAAUAUAUGUAAUUCUUUAAUGUUUUAAAUGAAUUCUAUCUCAUGAUCUUGAAUGACAUAUUCUUUAAAAUUUUAAAGAACUUCCUAAAAUCUUUAAGCAAGCCAGUAUCUUCUCCUCUUUCCUUCUUUUCUUUAUUCCAAUUGCCUAACUCGAGAGCAUAAUCAUUGAUUAUUUCACAUUAAGGAAGGCAGGAACAUUAUUUGAUUAUAACCCAAAUCAAAAUAUAGUAUAUGCUUGUCAAAUACCAGUCUCUAAAAAUUAUAUUACAAAUCUUGUCCAAAAAGAAAUUUUGUUUGUAUUUAAUGAUCACCUAAAAAGAAUUAAGUAAGCAACAAGGAAGAAUUCUUGAGAAAAAUUUAUAUUCCCUCUAUCACUGUAUUUUUUAUUAAAAAAAUAGCUCUUAGUCUAAUAAGAGAUUUUAUUUGCCUUGAUUUCAACAAAUUCAUUUACUUUUAACUUAUGUCGUUUUUGUUCCUCUAUAUCUCUAUUUUAAUAUGAUAUAAAGUGAUUUGUUUACCAGAGUAUUGAUUUAUUUGUAAUUACACAAACAGUUUAUAGUGGAACAAUAUCUUAAAAGCCUGGUUUUUGUGGCCAGAGGGCAUACUAACCAUUUGCUUGAUGGAAGUACCUCAAAAACAAUGCUGGCCAACAAUUUCAAAAACAAAGAAAUCUAGUACUCUUGUGUAUAGGAUUUGAUGUCAACUACAGGAACACAGCUUAGCUAAGGGGACACACACACAUAUGUAUAUAUAUAUAUAUACUCACUAUAUGUAUAUAUGUGUGAAUGAAUAUUUUCUUGUGUGAGCCAUGAGGUGGGUGGGAAAAGCAGAUGGAGAACUCUGCGUUUACUGAAAAUGUAAAAUAACUGAUGGAGUACGUGCAUAGCCUGGUUCUCAUUCUUCAGAAUAAAUACGACUGCCGGUAUGGCCACUAGAGCAAUGUUGCGUCUCCUCUGAAAUCCAAGGUUUUAAUCAAUAGAUGAAUUUUUUCCUUUCCUUCGUCUUUGUUAACUGCAUACACACGCCCUGAACUCCAGCAUAUAACAAGUGUAACCAGUUCUGUGAGUGGACUAUGGAUCUCUGGGUUCUCCUCCCGCUUCUGCCUCUCACUGGCUGUGUGGCCUUGGACAAUUUGUGAAACUUCCUUGAGUCAGUUUCCUUUUCUGUAAAAUCGAGACAAUAAAGUAUUACUCAUUACUUAUUGUAAGCAUUAAACGAGAAUAUAUUUAAAUAACUUAGCACAAUGCCUGAUGUAGUUAUGCUGGAACAUGUUUGUUACACAAAUAAUGUAUAAUAUUCAAACCACUAUCUCUUCUUUCAUCAAACAAGAAUAUGUUUUUCUACUCUCUUUAAUAAUAAAACGUAUAUGUCUUAAACAUAUAAUUAAUUGUACUUGGUCAAAAUGGGAAACUGUCUUCCCCAUCACUAUCAAAAAACAAAUUUGUGCUGCUCCCUGCUGUUGUUCUGGCCAA